AAGGCCGGGCUCGAUCACUCUGCACCCUGCACUCGGCUGAGGGGCGGGACGAGAUAUUGACUGUGCAGCAGCGAUCCGGCUAGUCCUUGGUACCUCCGCCUCCUUUGCAGCCACCCCGCUCAAUCUCCGCGCGAAGCUUUCCAUGGACGGGGGCGGUAUGGCGGAGAAGCUGUACCGGGCCGAGUACGCCAAGAGCGGCCGGGCUUCGUGCAAGAAAUGUGGGGACAAUAUCGCCAAGGAGUCGCUGCGCUUGGCCAUCAUGGUGCAGUCCCCCAUGUUUGAUGGCAAAGUACCCCACUGGCACCAUUUCUCCUGUUUCUGGAAGCGAGCUCGUGUAGUGUCUCACACUGAUGUGGAUGGCUUCUCAGAACUCCGUUGGGAAGAUCAGGAGAGCAUCAAAAAAGCCAUAGAAACUGGUGGGGCUGGAACAGGUAAAGGUGGCAACCAGGAAGGAGGUGGCAAAGCUGAGCAAAGUUUAAAUGAUUUUGCAGCAGAAUAUGCAAAGUCCAACAGAAGUACCUGCAAAGGCUGUGAGCAGAAAAUAGAAAAGGGCCAAAUUAGAAUUUCAAAGAAAAUGGUGCAUCCUGAAAAGCCCCAGUUGGGAAUGAUAGACAACUGGUACCACCCAGCCUGUUUUGUCAGUCGCAGAGCAGAUCUAGGUUUUCUCGCUACCUUCAGUGCCUCCCAGCUCCUAGGCUUUGGGCUCCUGAACGCUGAAGAUAAAGAGACUCUGAAGAAGCAGCUGCCUGCUGUCAAGAAUGAAGGAAAGAGGAAGGGGGAUGAGGUAGAUGCCACUGUAGUCUCAAAAAAGAAACCAAAAAAGGAGAAAGAAAAACAGUCCAAACAAGAGAAGCUGCUGAAGGAUCAGACAGAGUUGAUUUGGAACAUCAAAGAUGAGUUGAAGAAAGCCUGUUCUACUAAUGACUUAAAAGAGCUCCUGAUAGCCAACAAACAGGAAGUUCCUUCUGGAGAAUCUGCGAUCUUGGACCGGGUUGCAGAUGGUAUGGCCUUUGGGGCUCUGCUGCCCUGCGAGGAGUGCAAAGGGCAAUUUGUGUUCAAGAGUGAUUCUUACUACUGUACAGGAUACAUCACAGCAUGGACCAAAUGUGUUGCCAAGACACAGACUCCUAAUAGGAAAGAAUGGAUAAUCCCAUUCAAAGGUUCAAAGGUGUCAAAGGAGUUCCGGGAAAUCACAUAUCUAAAGAAAUUUAAGUUUAAAAAGCAGGAUAGAGCAUUCCCUCCAGAGGCUGCCUCUGCAAACUCAGUACCUCCUCUAGAAGUUUCUGUUCCAGUUACAGAGAACACAGCUGCACCAGCAGAUAAACCCUUAUCUGGCAUGAUGAUUUUGACCCUUGGGAAACUGUCAAAGAACAAGGAUGAAAUCAAGUCUGCUAUUGAAGAACUUGGAGGAAAGGUGACAUCUACUGUGAAGAAAGCUAACCUGUGCAUCAGUUCACAAAAGGAAGUUGAGAAAAUGAACAAGAAAAUGGAAGAGGUGAAAGAGGCCCAGGUGCAGGUGGUCUCAGAAGAGUUCCUCCAAGAUGUAAAAUCCUCCAGCAAGGGCUUCCGGGAGCUUUUGCCGCUUCAUGCUCUUUCUCCCUGGGGUGCAGAAGUAAAGCAAGAGCACAAAGAAUUGUCUGUGGGAGGAAAAUCCAGUGGACACUCAAACAUGAAAAGUGCAGGAAAGAACAAGGAAGAGCAAGGAACAAGCAAGUCUGAAAAGAAAAUGAAGCUGACAGUUAAAGGAGGAGCUGCUGUGGACCCUGAUUCAGGCUUAGAAGAUUCUGCUCAUGUCUUUGAAAAAGGAGGUAAAAUCUAUAGUGCUACGCUUGGACUAGUGGAUAUUGUCAGGGGUACCAACUCCUAUUACAAGCUCCAGCUGCUGGAAGAUGAUAGAGAAAUCAGACACUGGGUGUUCCGCUCUUGGGGCCGUGUAGGCACAGUAAUUGGAAGCAACAAGCUAGAGCAGAUGCCAUCUAAAGAAGAAGCAAUUGAACACUUCCUGCGUCUGUAUGAAGAGAAGACAGGCAAUGCCUGGCAUUCCAACAACUUCACUAAAUAUCCCAAGAAAUUCUACCCCCUGGAAAUAGACUAUGGACAGGAUGAAGAAGCAGUGAAGAAACUGACAGUGAGUGCAGGGACAAAAUCGAAGCUUCCUAAGCCAGUCCAGGACCUUAUCAAGAUGAUCUUUGAUGUGGAAAGCAUGAAGAAAGCCAUGGUGGAAUUUGAGAUUGACCUCCAGAAGAUGCCUUUGGGGAAGCUAAGCAAGAGGCAGAUACAGAGUGCAUACUCCAUCCUUAAUGAGGUCCAGCAGGCAGUUUCUGAUGAUGGCACAGAUUCGCAGAUACUGGAUCUCUCCAAUCGCUUCUACACUCUAAUACCGCAUGACUUUGGGAUGAAGAAGCCCCCUCUUUUAAAUAACCUAGACUACAUUAAGUCCAAAGUGGAGAUGCUGGACAAUCUGCUGGACAUUGAGGUUGCCUACAGCCUCCUAAGAAGUGGAGGUCAGGAUGGAGAUAAAGAUCCAAUAGAUGUGAACUAUGAAAAACUCAAAACGGAUAUCAAGGUAGUAGACAAAGAUUCAGAAGAGGCCAAGAUCAUAAAGCAGUAUGUUAAAAAUACUCAUGCAAGUACACAUAAUGCUUACGACUUGAAGGUCAUGGAGAUUUUCAAGAUUGAGCGUGAAGGAGAGAGUCAGCGUUAUAAACCCUUCAAAGAGCUACACAAUCGCCAGUUGCUCUGGCAUGGUUCUCGCACUACCAAUUUUGCGGGUAUAUUCUCACAGGGUCUCCGAAUAGCUCCACCUGAAGCUCCUGUGACUGGCUACAUGUUUGGCAAAGGUAUCUAUUUUGCGGACAUGGUGUCCAAGAGCGCCAACUACUGUCACACCUCACAGACUGACUCAGUAGGCCUGAUCUUGCUGGGAGAAGUUGCCCUUGGAAAUAUGUAUGAACUGAAGAAUGCUUCACACAUCACCAAGGUGCCGAAAGGAAAACAUAGUGUCAAAGGCUUGGGCAAAACAGCACCAGAUCCUUCUGCCACCAUAUCUCUAGAUGGUGUAGAUGUUCCUCUGGGCACUGGAAUACCUUCAGGGGUUAGCAAUACCUGUCUUCUGUAUAACGAAUAUAUUGUUUAUGAUGUUGCUCAGGUAAAUCUGAAAUACUUGCUGAAGCUGAAGUUUAACUAUAAAACAUCCCUUUGGUGAACAACAACUAGAAGACUUGUUAAAGAGUGAAUAGUGCAAAUUUUUGAAAUGCCCAAGCAUGAACUUCCAUUACUGAAAAAGCAGAAAUAACUUGCAGGGCUUUGCUGAAUCUAAGCUUAGUCAAUCACCUUAGUAAGGCUUUGUUUGUUUUUGUUUUUAACACAUGUGCAAGAGCACAUGAAAUUUAAUACUAUGAGAAGCUUCUCCUCUUUGGCCCCUUGUCUCUUAACUGACAGAUCCAAAAAGAAAAAAACCUUGUGAUUUUAGCCUUUUGUAAGUGAGGCGAGGAGCAGAAACAUAGAACUGUUUACAAACAUUUCAGUUUAAAAAAUUUCUCUAGCUUCUAUUAUGAAUAAAUGUUUAAAUGUGUUUAUUUUGAAGUAAAAAUAAAAGCUAAUUUCAUACUAAA